AUGAAGGGGUGUCAGUCUAGAGCCAAGCGCACGGGUGAAAAUACCGAGGCUUGGGUCCUCGGUAGCGGAACUGCACCUCUAGCAUCAGCGCUCUAUCUCAUGAAGAACGCAAAAAUCCAUCCAUCUAAGAUACAUAUUCUGGAUAAGCAUGUCUCCUUGGAACAAGCAUCGCACCACAAGGGUGAUUCGCUAGGCGGAUAUGAUCAAUUUGCAGGAUGCUUGCCCGUUCCUGCCGGUUCAUUGAUGAAAGAGCUUCUUGCAAUGAUCCCCUCUGCAACAGCCGACGGGGAAAGUAUUCUGGAUGAAAUCGAGACAGCAGAGGCGAACAGACUCUCGAAGAAGGGUGGUGACCAUACCUGUUUUGUGGCUCAGAAAAACGAUACCUUUGAGCAUAUACCGCUGGGAUCUUUUAACUUGAGCUACAGGCAUCGGAAAGUACUGAUAUUGUUUUUGCUUAAGCGGGAAAAGUCUCUAACGGGAAGACAAAUUCGGGAUCUGUUUCCCAGCAGCUUUUUUGAAAGCCAAUUUUGGACUGUGUGGUCCGUCCAAUUUGGGUUUCAAGCCUGGCAUAGUGCUGCAGAGUUCAAGCGUGCCAUUCGGCAAUAUCUCCCCGAGUUCCAGAGCUUAAAUAUCUUAAGCUGUCUCGAUAUCACGGGUUAUUACCAGUAUGAAUCGGUAUAUCUACCGAUAUACUUCUUUCUGCGAAGCUGUGAUGUGGAUUUCCAGUUCGGUAUCGACCUCAAGAACAUCGAGAUGACUCAAAGCAACAAUCAGCAAAUCAUCACCGGGUUAGACCUUGUCCAGGACGGUCUCAAAGUUCAUAGAAGCCUAGGAAGAGAUGACAUUGUCAUUACGACCUUAGGAUCUACCAUUUCUGGUUCAGAAAUAGGGAACAACGAAAAUCCACCAGAGUGGCAGUCAAUGGAUGCGGAUGACAUGCUGGAUCAAAACUGGUCAUCAUGGCUAGACCUUGGCAACAAGCAUCCCGCUUUCGGCAACCCUUAUAGUUUUUGCACCCGCCAGUCUGAAUCAAUGCUGGAGUCUUUCACAAUCACCACAGAGGAUCUUGGCUUUUACAACCAUCUUCAAUCUCUAUUAAAAUGCAAAUCCGAGGCUGGGGCAUUCGUGUUCAUAGAGGGUAGUAUGUGGAAGAUCAAUUUGUGCAUUCCGGAGCAGCCAGUCUUUUCAGAGCAGCCACGCCAUGUCCGCGUUCUUUGGGGAUUUGCCCAUUCCCCGAAUGUCGACGGAAACUAUGUGACGAAACCGAUGCUCCAGUGCUCUGGGGCAGAUAUUAUGACUGAGCUGCUGGGGCAUCUAAAACUCGGCGACGACUUGGAUAGGCCGCGCACUAUUACUAUUCCACGCGCCAUGCCUCGGAUGAGUGCAAUUUUACUAACGAGGGGUCCAAAAGAUCGACCUCAGAUUGUGCCUCAGAAUUUCUCCAACCUUGGACUCAUCGGGCAGUUUGUAGAGCUGCCGCGAUAUACUAGUGUGGACAUCAGUUAUGGUAUUCGUACCGCGAAGAUAGCUGUGUCACGUCUGAUGGGCUUGCAAAUACAGACUGAGCCUACGAGGUCAACGGCUUCGACAAUCUGGAAAACCCUGUCUUUUUGA